AUGAGUAGACUCAGGGAAGAGCAAGUGCAAUUCUAUAGGGAUAAUGGAUACAUCGUGCUAAAGAAUCUGGUGAAGGGCAAAGAGUUGCAAAGGCUCACUGAGGAGUACGACGAUUUGUUCCGGAGGAAAAAUGAGGCAAAGACUGAGAGUUCUUGGGUUGGAAGUGAACAGAACCACAGAGUCAGUGACAGUCCAUAUACUGUGAAAGGCAUCCACAAUCUGCAGAUGCACCACGCGGUGUUCGGGAGGUAUUUGUACAACGAGGAAUUGCUGGACGCCAUGGAGGAUCUAAUGGGCACACCUAACAUCGCCCUCCACCACACCAAGGCGCACUUCAAGCCUCCCGAGAAGGGAGCCGCUUAUCCGAUGCAUCAGGACUACCAUUACUUUCCGUACGAAAAAGACACCAUGACGGCCGCUGUCUUGUUUCUAGAUGACGCCGAUGUAGAAAACGGAACUUUGUUCGUGUGGCCUGGCUCUCACAAAUUUGGACCUCUCGAGGACUUCGGACCGAAGGAAGGAAGCGACUUUCAUUACGUCGAUCAGAAAAAAUAUCCAAUUGAGAAGGCGAAACCAGUAAUCGUCAAAGCGGGGGAUGUGGUAAUCUUCAGCUAUCUCAUGUUGCACGGUAGCACCCCCAACCUGUCGAGUCGACCGAGACGAAUGUUCCUGGCGCAAAUGUAUGACCCCCACGAUAAGCCAAAAGGGGGGGAAAAGGUUCAACCGGGCAAGGGUUGGUUACUACGAGGAUUUAAUCUGAACAGGGACGCCACUAUUGCCAGAAGAGCUGUAGAUAGUUAG